CAUGACUCCAUGCAACAACCGAGUAUUUCAGUCCAAGCUCCUGAAGUUUACCAUCGGCACUGAUCGUGAAGAAGUUAUCAUCCAUAGUGAUAUACUCAAAUCACAUUCGACGCCCUGGUUCGACAGCGAUGGCGGUAGUUUUGCUGGUGAUGAAUCUAUCAUAAUCAAGGACACAGAUAAAUAUAUCUUUAGUCUUGCCUGUCAGUACUUGUACACUGGAGACUACUCUAUUACGAUUCCCGGCGACACGCCACCUCCCGGCCUGGCUUUUGGUGGACGAGAAAAGGUGCAGCAGGCCCGUGUACUCGAAGGAUGUCUCUUUCGAGACACAGAGACGGUGGAACAAUUCGCGGAAUACCUUGUACGGCGGAUUCAGCCACGGCCCUCUGAGGGUUCGCAAGGUAGCUAUAGUCCUACGAUGGAUUAUACCGAAAUGCUUCUCACCCAUGCUCGCCUUCAUGUUUUUGCGGCAAAAUAUGGACUACAGGAGCUGCGUGACAUCUGCCUCUUCAAGAUAUUACAUCUCCUGCAUACUUUCCCAAUAUGCCAGGAUCGCACUGGGGAUAUUGUUCGGUUGUUUGACUUUGCCCUCCGCGCGGGCACUGAGCGGUGCGAGAAUCUAAUCAGAAUGGUGUGUCAUUACGCUGCUUGGCACAUCCGAUUAUUUCUGCACAACAGAGAGUUCGAGAUACUUCUGCAGGAACAGCCCACUUUGGUUAAACUUUUACUUACUAUAAUGAGUGGUAGUCCUUAGUAAAUGAAUUGGUCGAGACUUAAAUGGGAGUCUAGUUCCGUGUGUCUAUGCCAAGGCUUAUAGAACGGUGCGAUUAUCCCAAGGUCCAGACCAUGCGAAACUAAA